GAGGCCAGGGUUCAUUGCUUUGUUGGAAGUGGAAUGUGGUGGGCCAGGAGGGAGGGGAUUAGGGCAGGUCCCAGUGGGAAUCUCCCUCCCUCCCUCUGAGCCCUCUUUCUUUGCCUGCUUACUUCCCAGAGACCCAGAGAGUAGGUCCCCAGCUAAAAAGAGGGUCAGGUAUGUUUAGAAAUUGGCCGGAGAGGCAAGGUACCGAGGCGUGAAUGUGAAAAGCUUCUCUGCCGGCAGGAGGAGAGGAAUUUCCAGGAUUCCAGGCAGGAUGUCUCAGGAGAAUGACACAUGGACGAAAGAGUUGCUGGGGGAUGAGCUGGCCGCCAUGAGGCUGCAGAAGCUGGAACAGCAGCGGCGGCUUUUUGAGAAGCAGCGGCGGAAGCGCCAAGAGCCCCUCAUGGUUCAGGCCAAUCCCGACGCUUCCCUGCGACCCCGGCGACCAUGGAGGCGGGAGGAGCGCCUCGCAGGGGACCGCGGCCUUGGGAACCCUUUCCUCCAGGAGAACAUGCCAGAGGCACAUCUGUGCUCUGGCCUCCACAGUGCCCUGGGCUUCACGAUCUGCGGUGGAGAUGGCAGUGGCGAGUGUGACCCACUGGUUUCGCCGACAAAAGCAGGUGACCUUGUCCCAAGUUCCUGGGACCCGGGUGUCCUGAGCCAGCCUUCUUCUGGCUUCUUCCACUCCUUAGGGGCCAGUGCACAGGAAGAGAGCAAAUUCCAGGAUGUUGGAGACGAAUAUGAGGGCAAGCACCCGGAAGAGAAGAAAGAGGAGUCGGAGUCUACAGUGAACUCCCCAGGAGCGGCCGAAGAGGAGGUGUCGGAGGACCCGGAAGGCGAGAAAGACGCAGGCAGCAGUGAUGUAGGAAGCUCGUCCUGCUUGCCUCCCCGCGCCCCAGGCCCUCGACUGGGAGAAGACAUGGAAGCGUAUGUCCUGCGGCCAGCGCUGCGCGGCCGCAUAGUGCAGUGCCGCAUCAGCCGCGACAAGCGCGGCGUAGACAAGGGCAUGUUCCCUUUCUACCAUCUCUACCUGGAGGCGGCCGACGGGCGGAAGCACUUCCUCCUGGCUGGACGCAAGAGAAAAAGGAGCAAAACCUCCAAUUACCUCAUUUCCCUGGACCCCACAGACCUGUCUCGGGAUGGGGACAACUUUGUGGGCAAAGUCAGAUCUAAUGUCCUGGGCACCAAGUUCACCAUCUUUGACAAUGGAGUGAACCCUGAAAGGAAGAAUUUUGUCCCGGAGACCACUCGGAUCAGAGAGGAGCUGGGGGCUGUGUGCUAUGAGACCAACGUCUUGGGAUUCCGAGGGCCCCGGAAAAUGACUGUGAUCAUUCCAGGAAUCGAUGACCAGAACCAGAGACUCCGCGUCCAGCCACAAAACGAGCAGGAGUCACUACUGUGUCGCCUCCAACGGGGAGCUAGCCAGGGACUGGUCCUGCUACAAAACAAAGCCCCGUGGUGGAGCUACAGGAGCGGCGCCUACGUACUCAAUUUUCACGGUCGAGUCACCCAGGCCUCGGUCAAGAACUUCCAGAUCGUGCAUCCGGAUGACCCCGAUGCCCUCGUGCUCCAGUUCGGCCGCGUGGCCCCAGACACGUUCAUCAUGGACUUCUGCUUCCCGCUUUGCCCCCUCCAAGCCUUCGCCAUCUGCUUGUCCAGUUUUGAUGGAAAGCUGGCGUGUGAGUAAUCCAAUGAAAUACCAUACCCUCGUCA